AGUGUCGAGUAUGUCAGAUGAAUCUAGCGCGUCGUGCCGGCGGCGGCGGAGAGCAAGAACAGCGAGCCAUCAGCCUGUUGCACUGCGAAUUUGCCAAGCAAUUGCGAGACGAAGUUCAAGAGGCAGCAGUUUCCGUUUCACUCCCACUAAUGCAAAUAAAGCUCGUGACCGUCUAUCUUGUUACAGAAUUGAAGUUGAAGAACAGACAGCUCGCGUGUGAAAUAGCAAGAUUAAAGGUUCAACUUCGUGACUGCACGAAUCAACUCUUAGAGCAAAAAUGUGAACGCGCUCAAGACUGGAUGGAAAUGGGUUUACUUCGUCAGGAGAUACAGGCAAUUCGAAACAACUAUGAAUCAUUGUCUAAGCAAAAGAAGCAGAUGGUAUCUGAUUUUGAGUUGCAGCUGUCUCUGAUUGGAAAACAACUGGUCGAGUCUUUCCGUCAAAAGCUUGAUGAAGUGGCUAUGGGAAACAGUGAUGGAAGAAAUCAAGUUUACACCAAUACAGUGAGGACAAGUGAAGCAGUCGAGUUGAAGACUCCACAGAGAGCACCAAACAGAAACAAUGACGCAUGCGCUAGUGUUUCUCCUAGUUCACCGCUUUGUAAGGAAAGUGAAGAACAAGAGGCUCAACAUUCUCUACCAGCGCGCUCAACUCAUUCUCAUCAGUUAUCAACAUCCAUUCCAUUGCGGAAGCAAAUGAAAAGGAGACGUUUGUCAAGUGAGUUUUCCAACUUAAUUUGUACACGAGAGGUUUCGGGAGAAAUAUCAGAAAAUGAGGAAGAAAAAGAAGAGAAGACUUGCAGUAGGGUUUUCACAAGAUCUUGCAGAAACAACAAUGAAGGCAAGAAUAACGACAAACCAACUCAACUGGUCGCAGCCAUUCAUACAAUCAAAGAAGAUGACCUACUCACAUCUGUCAGUGAUGAUGACAAGACACAACAAAGAAGCAGAAGAUCUAACAUCAAACAAGUGUCGUAUCAAGAACCUAAAAUGGGCGUGAAGUUGAGACAGGGUGACCCUCACACCAUUCCUGUUCCACCUGAUUGGAACUCAUGUCAAGCCUCUAAAUCAUUAUCUCAUUUGCAUAAGACAAAAACAAAGGGAAGCUUGAAACAUCAAAUACUUGGAGAUUGCACGAACAAAAUGUGAUGCCUGACUACAGACUCUUCUUUUCUUCUUAUCUAAUGUAUUAUCCAACAGUAUAUUUUGUACACUAUGCAGUAAAUACUGCAGUACAGUACAAGUACAAUACACAGUAAAC